AUGCAUUCAAACCACAUCCCGUAUGACUCGAAAGACUCGCCCUCUCUAUCAACCAACAAUCCGGGCUCCACGAGCUCAUCACAAUCAAAUGUUUAUUUCGUCUACGGCUCCCUGAUGGACCCCUCAACCCUCCAAUCCGCCCUCCAAACCAUUUUUCCACCCACCCUCCACCCAGCAACUCUUACCGGCUAUCACAUCAAGAUGUGGGGUUCAUAUCCAGCCCUGCUCCCUUCCUCUCCAUCUUCGUCAGUCUACGGCAUGGUUUUCGAAAUCAGUGCUUUUGAGCACGCGAAACAGAUUCAGCAACGCUUGGAGGAAUAUGAAGGGUCGAAUUAUAAGUUGGAAGAAUGUGUUGUGGAAGUUCGAGGAAGGGGAGAUGAAGAGGGAAAGAUGGUGAAGGCAAGAGUAUUUGAAUGGAUUGGAGGGGAGGAAGAGUUGAAGGAGGGAGUGUUUGAUCUGAAGGAUUAUCAGAUGAGGAAAUUAGAGGGAAGGAGAUAG